CUGACUUACCCAUUUGUUUGGACGUUACUGAUUAAACACAGCGGACGUUUCUCGUUCGGAGGACGGACAAUAGUGCGCACAAUUGUUGUAUAGAUCAAGUGGCGUACAACAGGCUGGCUUGUGCACACAGUGGGAAAGGUGUGGUCAUGGCUGUUGAUUACAUGGAGGAAUGGGAGGGCGGGGGGACAUGAGACAGAGAGAAGCAGAGAGUGGAGGGACAGACAGAAUCAGAGUGCUGGAAGAAUUUGUGGGAAUUUCAAGGUUCGACAGUGUCCAGGCAGAGUAACCAGUUUCAAAAUGAAUGAUGAUCAGACAAACGGUCCCACCUAUGACAACAUAGGGUUUCAGCAUGAGGAAGGAAGACCACCUCCAACAGCCCCACAACAGGGUAUAUACCCUUACCUCCCACAAGAGACCCCCAUCUAUGUUGCCGUCAUUCCCCAAACCAUCAACACCCACCACACUGUGACACCCGGAACACCACAUGACACCGGAGGAAAGAAAGGAACAAAGAAAUGUCCCUGGAAAUAUAUAUUGUGUGGAUCUCUGUGUGUGCUUGUUAUCCUGGCAAUGGUCGGCCUCCUGCUCUGGUACUUCUUAUACUACCAGUGUUUACUGGGGAAGUCGUGCAGAACUGGUGGGAAGUGUUUGAGCCCCUCCCAGUGGUGCGAUGGUGUAAGGGACUGUCCUCGCGGAGAGGACGAAACUCAGUGCUUUCGCCUCCACGGGACCAACUUCAUGCUGCAAAGUUACUCAUCUGACAGCCAGAAGUGGAUGCCGGUGUGUGCUGAUAACUGGAACAACAACUAUGGGAGAGCUGUGUGUGAGCAGAUAGGGUACAAGAGUCAGGAUUAUGUGUCCUACACCCAAACCAGUCCAGGUUCUUUGGCCUCAGGGGGAUACAUGAAGCUGAAGCCAGGAAGUAACCAUGGAUCACGUAUACAUUCCCUGCUCACUUACAGCCACAUUUGCUCAGCCAUGGCAGUCAAACUUCAUUGUAUUGAAUGUGGAGUGAGUUCAGCAGCCCCCAGUACUCGUAUCGUGGGUGGUACGGAGGCAGUAAAUGGGGCCUGGCCGUGGCAGGUCAGUCUCCAGAUUUAUGGUCAACACAUUUGCGGAGGCUCCAUUAUCAGCGCUUACUGGAUCCUAUCUGCUGCACACUGCUUCCAAACGCACUCCAAUCCUGGAAUGUGGACGGUAGUCUCGGGCGACGUGAGCUUGCUUGUGAACUAUGGAAAUGGCAAAACAGUGAGAAAAAUUAUCAGUAAUGAAAAGUUCAACACAAAAACCAAUGACCAUGACGUUGCUCUCCUGAAGCUCAAUAUACCUCUGACAUUUACAAGAACAGUGAAGCCAGUGUGUCUCCCCAACGUUGGCAUGGAGCUCUCUGCUGGACAUCAAGCCUGGAUCACAGGAUGGGGAACCUUGCAAGCAUCUGGACCGUCCCCUGACAAACUGAAUCAGGCCCAGGUGAGCAUUUACAGCAGAGAGAUCUGUAACAGCCCUGAGGUGUUAAAUGGAGAAAUCACUGAGACCAUGAUCUGUGCCGGCAAGCUGCAGGGAGGAGUCGACACAUGUCAGGGUGACAGUGGAGGGCCCCUGGUGGUCAAGCAGGGAGGUGUAUGGUGGCUGGCAGGGGACACUAGCUGGGGGAUUGGAUGUGCUUGGAGGAACAAGCCAGGAGUCUACGGCAAUGUAACCUACUUUAUCGACUGGGUAUAUGGACACAUGCAGAACGAGUGACAGAGUUCUCAGCGAACCUGAAGAUGAACCUCUUCUCUUAAUCAGCAAUACUUCUUUUAUUAUACACUUUGCACUUUAAAUCUGAAGUUCCCAGGGAACUUAUUGAUCAGGAAGAUUUUCAUAAAACAAAACCAAAAGAUUGUACAAAUAAAACAGAUGUAUCAUU